AUGCCGGACCCGUAUGUUCCACCGCGAUCACCUGCAGAAGUGGAGGGAUGGCUAUGCGAAGAUAAACCGAUGAUCGAAGAAGAGCUAAAUAAGCAGAACAACCUUCUCGCUUUGCUUCAUCGACAGGCGACCGCCAUUACGGAUGCUGGAGGCGAUGCGAAAUGUCUUGAUUCGCGCCUUUGGGGUGUUCAGACUGCAAUUACUGUUUUGAAGCGGCGUUUGAAGGCGAACAUUGAGCUUUUAAUGACAUGUGUAGCUCACGGACCUGUGGACUCUUUCACUGUGACCGCUGAGCCUAAAAUAACAUUGAAAAGUGAUGAAUUCAAAAUGGUAACUAAAGCUGUUGCUGAGCCGACUCCAUCAUCCACGAGUCCAUCGGCAGGAGAUUUACUCUGUGUGGAAAUGUUUGAGGAGAAGCAGUUGAUGGCGGUGCAGAGCAUGCUUCGACAGGAUAUUGUCGAUGAGAAACGUAGAAUAGCUCAUCUCUGUUGGAAACUACACUUGACCAACGUUGAUUGCCCGCACGGUACUUCUGGGAGUACAACUUCACCCUUCAGUCCAUCACAGAAGGUUAAGGAUGAAGACUCUGAGGAGGUCUGGCGUGAACGCUCCGAACUGGAAGAGGCUGCCCGUGCCGCCCUGGUUGCGGAAAUUGUGCGCUUACGGAAUGACUGCGCCAAUCUUCGAGCAAAAAUCGAGUACAAUGGCCAGCGGCAGGUACCCGCCAGUACAAGAUUCUGA